CGAAAUAACAACAACCUCAACGUACCUCCCGUCAAAGCCCCUCUCUUGUCUGGUGGCCUCAGCUUCCCCUCACUGUGUAUUGAAUAAGCUUUCCAGCAUACGAGGUGGGUAAUCCAGCAUAUAAAGAAAUCGCCAAACAACAUACACUACAAUUUCUUGUGUACGUUCUCUACCGGUAGCUGGCAUCCAACAGCGCAGCGACACGACGGCUGAACUGCUCCACUACGUCGACGAAGUAGAGGAGCCUGUAAAACUGCCAAGAUAUCUUGUUGAUCUGCUUUGGGCUUCAAGCCAGUCCAGCAACGAUACCAAACCGAAGAUUGCAGUCUGUAAAGAGGGAGCCAAACAGGACGGAAAGUUGGGGAUAUUGAAAUGAUACAAAACCAUCGCCGAUACCCUCAUUGUUGUUAGCACUCAUCAAUGACUUGUUGACAUCUGACACGACUCUUUGUUUACAUCUUAUUGGUGGCAUGAAGACCAUCAGCCAUCGCGAUGCCCGAUGAUGAUGAUGAUGAACGAGACCACCGACGGUCUGCGGCACCAACCUAUGCGGACCCGGACUCAGAUCUAGACUCGGACCUUCAUUCGAUCAAAUCCCCAUCUCACCCCCCGUUGCCAAGUCUAACAACAAUAACCUCAGGUAGUCCGGUACGUGCCACCACACAAACCCCUCCCAGAGGACUACAAUCCCCCCCAGGCUUCGGCUCCCCCCCACAAGGCUCCUCAUGUAACCUUGAAGAACGACAACUCAUUUCACAUCCUCAGACACCACCCAAUCAUCCUCAAAGCGGGCGAAACCGCUAUGCUCUCCACCAGCACGGCAGCCGCUCGCCCUCACCCUCACCCUUACCCUCAUCCCAUCACCUACCGCCACCAGCAGCUUCGACGCUCUAUCACCUCGUCGGGGGCCUAGGCUUAGGACCCUCUUCACCACUCUCUCCGUUCCGUAGGCAAUUCUCCGCCCCUCUCCAGGCCGUCCGCUCAUCGUCUCGGGCCCCCAGCUUUGCCAGCAUUGCCGGCUCCCAUCCCGGUUACGGCUUCGGCUCCGGCUACGGCUCCGGCUCCGGCAACUCCUUCUUCACUCACGUCAACGACAGCCGUGGUACGGUUCAUCACCUUGCUGUAAAGGAUGACGACAACGACAACACCCUCUCUUUUCACGCCGAUGACGAAUUAAGCGAUGAUGACCAGCCCAACCAGUACCCGCGGGCACGGGCGGACACUGCUGCUGCUGUUGCUAACAAGGUUGAAGACGACCACCUCACACAAGACAGCAAAGAUGUGCUUGUGGAACGGUUGACGGAUUUAAUUCACCACUUGCAGGAGGCCAAGGAACCGAUGGUCACGAACCAUGGUGUUCUUAGCGAUGUCAGUAUCAGCGAGUUGCACGCCAAGGUGGAUGAGAUGGAAGCUGUCCUCACCGGGAAGGGAACAGGGACCGGAGUUGGGGGUAUGGGCAGUGGUGAUGGUCCUGCGGGUGCUGUGGGUGUUACUGGUGGUUUGAGGGUGAUGAAACGGCCUGUUGGUCCAUCAGCGAGGAGGUCAAAACGUUCACAGGCUUCUUCUCCAAGAUUAGAGGAAAGUGAAGGUGAAAGCGAGAGCGGUGGAGAGGGAGACAAGGAGGAGGAGGAGGAGGAGGAGGAGGAGCAACUUCACUCGCCUCUAGAGGACAUUCGUGCCUUUGAGUCAUCAGCAGCAGCUGCUGCUACUGCCCCAGGUUGGUUAGCUAAGAGCUUUUCGGGAUCAGAGCCUUCACCGCCUGAGUCACGGGCGCACCCACCGUUGCCUUCAUCGAAAGUUUACUUGAAGCUGGCGGAGGCUGCUGAGAUUACACCUUCUGCUGGCGCUGGUGUUGCUGCAGUGGAAGUGGAGGCAAAAAAGCAACGGGGUGCUGAAACAGAGCGCAUCGCGGCCGAAUCUGAGAAGCUAGCUGCUCAGCUGGAGGCAGUCCUGAAAAGCCUAGAGACGAGGAGAGAGGAAUCAAAUCACGUUCACGCCCUCCUAGUAGAAAGAGCAGAAGCGGCCGCCUCUCGCAUCCUCGAACUAGAGAAGGAAGUCCUCGAUCUAGAAGACGAAAUCUCCUACCAAGAAUCCGAACUCAAGCACCUCCGUCUCGAACUCCGCGCCAUCGAGACCCUAGUCAACGAAUUCCUCCCGCCUGUCGAGGCCGCUGAUCCAGAACUGGUCCGCAGCAUCGAGAACUGGAAGGCUGAUUGGAAGAGAUUGAGAGAUCAAAUGUUGUCUAAAAGCCGCCGUAAGAGUGAGAGUGAGAGCAAGAGCGAGAUUAACCAUCAUCACCGACAACACGAGACGGACCCUGAGGGACAGGAUAAAAGGCCGAGAGAUGAGAAGAAGGAGAAGAAGAAGAAGAAGGAUACGAAGCAUGAGCAUGAGCAUGAGCAUGAGCAUGAGCUCCACAAGGAGAAGGAGGAGGUCAAGGCCUACGAAACGCAUGAGCUAUCAGUUGUCGAGGAAGUUACGGAGGAGUCGUUGAGGCAGGGCCAUCAUUAUCAUUAUCAUCCUCAUCAUCUUCAUCACCUUCAGCAGCAGCAGCAGCAGCAGCAGCCCGAGAGCAACGGUCGAGCUGUUCUUGGUAGUGGUGUUGACGGACUAGAAGAAGAAGAAGGCAGCACAGGAGGAAGUAUCAUGAGCUCACAUGAUCCACCAGCUCAUGAUGCGGCACGGGUAUCAAGGACUGGGGCUUAGGUACUCUCAUCCGCGACAUCCUUGUCGUCGUCAUCAUCUUCAUAUGCGGCUGUCGUUCAGCGACAGCGACAGCGGCAGGGACAACGACAACGGCAGGGUCAACAGCAACGGCAACGGCAACGGCAUGGAUCUUCUGCACGACGUCCUUAGGGCUUUAGGGGGUGGUUAUGUUUACAUAACUGGCUAGCUGGCUUGAGAGAGAAAACUGGUUUGCGCUUUGCGCAACUGAAUGUGUGGGAUGUCUCUAGGGGGGGGGGGAAAGUCUCGGGGUGAGAGGUGGUAGUUGAUAUCCAACAGGUCUUUCGAGAGUGAAAAAGAAGGGGGAUUGGAUGGGUGGAUGGCUAAAAGGGCAAUCAAUGGCAUAACAUAGCAUGACUCGGUGUAAAACGGCGACUCAUGGCAUCACAUGGCAUAUAAACAGGUUAGCAUAGCACAUGGGGUGAUAUGGAGGUCUAUUCGGAACUUAGAAAUUGGUGAAUGGUGGUGGGUGGUUGUAACAACAUGAAGAAAAGAUCGUACGUAUUUGGAGAUUCAACUUUUCCAAUUGAAC